AUGUCUAGCCAGACGUUGAUCAGUCCAGAAACAGCUGAGCCCAAGGGCCGAGCAGUGGGAGGCACCGAGCACAGCUGGUGCCGAGCGGUGCCCGGUGGCACUGGCAUAGCCGUCUUGGCCAUCCUCACAUCUAAGCUCCCUCGAAACUCGGGUCUAGAGAAUGCUCUCCACAAACUCCAAAAUUCUCAUCCAAUCCUUAGGUCAAGACUCCAUUCUGGCAGCAACACGAACACAUUUUCCUUCAUUACAUCUCCCACUCCUUUCAUUAAACUGAAAGCAUUCAACCUCUCGUCGACUUUCAAAAUCCUCGAAAACCCAUUGAACCCAAAAAACCAAUCUCUCUCACCCCUCCAUCUGGUCCUUGAGCAUGAACUUAACCAAAACUCAUGGUAUAACCAUAACAAGGCACCACCUUUCAUUAAUGACAUUCAAGAUAUGUUUUUUGCUACCACCUAUGCCCUCCCUAACGAAAAGUGGGUACUGGUUCUUAGGCUUCAUGCCUCGGCGUGUGACCGAACCACGGCUGUGUCUUUGCUACAGGAACUGGUGGUGCUGGUGAGUGAAGAGGAGAAAGGUGCUCUGCAGCAGGAAAUAGCAAAUGAAGAGGAGGUUACUUCAAGUAUUGAGGAUCUUGUUCCUAAUAAGAAGGCUAAGAAGGGUUUGUGGGAGCGUGGGAUUGACAUGCUUGGUUACUCGGUGAAUUCACUUAGGCUAACAAAUCUGAAAUUCAAGGAUUCAAAGUCACCAAGAUCUUCUCAGGUGGUAAGGUUGCAGCUGAACCAAAAGGACACGGAGAAGAUCAUUGCUGGCUGCAGAUCAAGAGGAAUUAAGCUGUGUGGGGCUUUGGCAAGUGCGGGAUUAAUAGCUGCACGCAAAUCUAAGAGUCGUGUGGAUAAACAAAGAAAGUAUGCAGUCGUCACCUUGACUGACUGCAGAUCAGUUCUUGAUCCAACUCUUUCUAAUCACCAUUUUGGAGGAGAAAAGUUAUGGGAGCUGGCCCAGAAAACGUACGCGGCAUUUGCUAGCUACAAGAAUUGCAACAGGCACUUCUCAGACAUGGCAGAUCUCAACUUCCUUAUGUGCAAGGCCAUUGAUAAUCCUGGCUUGACGCCAUCAUCUUCUCUCAGAACAGCUUUAGUAUCUGUGUUUGAAGAGUCUGUGGUAGAUGAUCAUGCUGCCCUGCAGAAGGAAGUCGGUGUAGAGGAUUACAUGGGGUGUGCCUCUGCUCAUGGUAUAGGGCCUUCCAUUGCAAUUUUUGACACCAUCAGAGAUGGACGGUUGGAUUGUGUCUGUGUGUAUCCAUCACCACUGCAUUCAAGGGAGCAAAUGCAAGAGUUCAUUGACAGCAUGAAGAGUGUUCUUGUGGAGGGCUGCAACCACGUUUAG